AUGAGUCUACGUGUGGAAAGCUAUAAUAAUAAUUAUGUGCUUUCUGAUGGAAACGUAAGUAGCUCUCGCUUUGACAAUCCUGAUUAUUAUUCUUAUAAUUAUUAUUAUGGCUACUAUCAUCUUAAUUAUAUUAUUUAUACAUUAACGAUUCGAAAUGUUUCUUACAUUGGUAGCUAUGCUUUCAGAUGGUCAAAAUAUUUAACCUCUGUUAAUGUUGAGGAUAAAUUGACCAGAAUUGAAUCGUGUGCAUUUUAUGAAUGUGAUAACCUGCAAAAUGUUAGCCUUCCUUCAACAUUAACAUACAUUGGAGACAGUGCAUUCAAAAGAUGCUUCAGAUUAACGACAAUUAAUAUCGAUUCUCACAUAGCAGAAAUUGGAAGUUACUGUUUUUAUGGAUGUGAACAGUUAACUUACUUCCCACUGAAUUCCGAACUUACAAUUAUUCCUGAUUAUGCAUUCUACAACUGUACACGCCUAGCAACGCCUACUUUUCAUUCCAAGUUUAAGAAAAUUGGUAAUUAUGCCUACUAUAAUACUAGUGUUUCAAAUUGUCUGACCACAGGCACAAUGAUUACGUCAAUCGGCAAUGCUGCUUUCCAAAAUUGCACAUUUCUUAAUCAGCUAACACUCUCAAGUGUUUUAGUUUCAAUUGGCAAUUAUGCAUUUUACAAUGAUACACUGAUUAGUAAAGUUGAUUUGCCUCAGUCAAUCAGAACUCUUGGAGCAUAUACUUUUUGGAAUUUAGGACUCCUCCCAAAUGUUACUCUUCCCGAAGGAUUUCAAAGUAUUGGUGAUUACUGUUUUGCAAAGAAUGGUUAUGAUGGUAUCAAUACCUAUGGUUAUACAAAAUAUUUCUAUGACUAUGCUUUUACAUACAUUAAUUUCCCUUCAACCCUUAGAGUCAUUGGUCAAUAUGCAUUUGCUGGAUGCCGACUUCAUGAUGUAAACUUGAUUUAUGGUAUGAGCAGAAUUACUAAGUAUGGCUUUGCUUAUUGUUUGCUACAUUAUAUCACAUUACCAAAGACUCUAAUUUACAUUGAUGAAGGAGCAUUUUCAUAUAGUGGAAUUAUUGACAUUACAUUGCAAGAAAACAUGACAUUGAUCUCUGAUUUUACAUUUGAUAACAGCAAACUAACAUAUAUGGUUGUACCUUCAACACUGUUGGAAAUAGGUCAGUAUGCAUUUAGAGCCACUCCAAUCAAAAAUAUUUCUUUGCCUGAUGGAUUCAAAACCUUAGAUGAUUAUUCUCUUGCUGAAUCAAACUUUGAAUAUGUCAGAGUUUCUAACAUCACUUCAUUUGGAAGAUACACAUUUAAAUAUGCUUUCUUAGAAUCUUUUACAAUUCCAGAAAACAUUAAAUAUAUUAAGGAGUAUGCAUUUGCAUUCAGUCAUUUAGUUUAUGUGAGAUUCCCAUAUACAAUUCAAUCUCUUGGCGACUAUUGUUUUGAAGGCUCAGAUAUUGCACAUCCAUUCUUCCCACAAAAAACAAUUACUUUUGGAACGCAUUGUUUUCAAUUUUCAAAGCUAAAUCACUGGGAUAUUCCAAAUGGAGUUACAACAAUUACAGAUUAUAUGUUCGCAUUUUCAGAUCUGUUGGUAUUGAAUAUUCCCUUAUCAGUUACUUCAAUACAAUUAUAUUCAUUCUAUUAUUGCAAAAUUAAGAAUCUGACAAUUCCAAGGUCUGUUACAUCAUUUGGUACAAGCUGCAUGGCUUAUACUUAUUUGGUAGAUCUUUAUUUGCCUGAUACAUUUGUUUCCUUUGGUGAUUAUUGCUUUGAUCACUCUACAAUUAAAAUUUUCAAUUUCCCAGCUUCAUUCAGAAGGUUUGGAAUAAAUUGUUUUCAAUAUACAACUUUUGAAACAAUUUGGUUCCCAGAAAAUGUAACUACAAUCAGUGAUUAUGCCUUCUAUGCAAGUGCAUUAAAGCAUAUCGAUAUGCCAUCAACUAUUACAAGUAUCAAUACACAUGCUUUUUAUAACAGCCAACUCGAAGAUAUUAAUAUGACAUCAAAAAUGACAAUCGGUACAUAUCCAUUUGGUAAUACGCCAAUGAGAAAUGUUAUCAUUCCUGAAGGAAGAUAUUAUAUUUUCCAAUGUGAAUAUGGUGAUACUAUAUUAGACUCAAUUUCAGUUGCAUCAACUGUACGAGAAGUUCAAGAAGAUGCGUUCAUAAACUGCAGGAUGCCAAAUCUCACAUUGAACAAUGGAAUCAGAACAUUUGAUGAUUAUUCCUUCCAGCAAUCAAAUAUUACCGAAAUAAUCAUUCCCUCAACAUUACAAACAAUAGGAUCCUAUGCAUUUGAUAGAUCUUUGGUUCAAAAAAUGGCACUUCCUGACUCUUUAACUUCAAUUGGUGAACAUGCCUUUCAAUAUUGUGCGCUCCCAUCCACCAAUAUUCCAGAGAAAGUUCAAGAUAUUCCAUAUAAAUGUUUUUAUUUUGCAGGCAUCAAGUCAUUAGCUCUAACUAAUGGUUUAAUAAAUAUAUAUUCAUAUGCCUUUUAUUCCUCAUCACUUGAAGAAAUUAACUUAACAAAGAAUGUCGCAACAAUAGGAGAAUAUUGUUUUUAUAAUUCAAGUAUCGAGCAUAUUUCAAUACCAAGUCCUGUGCAAACUAUUGAAAUAUAUACAUUCACAUACUGUGGAUUGCUAACUCAUAUUAAUCUCACGAAUGGUCUGAGGUAUAUUCGAGAUUAUUGCUUCCAAUAUACUAAUUUGCAAGAGAUUGAGUUUCCUGAAACAUUAUAUGAGCUUGGUACGAUGCCAUUUUCAUAUACUCCUAUUACAAAAUAUAUUUUCAGAGGAAGUUUCGCGAUUUUUGAUACACAAGCAUUAGCAUAUACCAAUGCAACAAUUGUUGAAGUCCCUUCCGCACUUCGAAGUAUUGGUGUUGAUACAUUUCAAUCUACAAAGGUUACUAGAUUAAUCAUUCCGGAAGGCCUACAAAUAAUAGGAACUCGAGCUUUUGAAUACAGUAUCAUCAACUAUUUCGAAUUUCCUGCUUCAUUACGAACUAUUGAAAGUUUGGCAUUUAGAUUCACUCCAGCAAAUGAUAUGCUGUUCAAAGAAGGCUUGCAAUAUAUUAAUGAUUUUGCCUUUUACAGCUCAAAUGUAACCAAUUUGAGACUUCCAAGUACAUUGAGAAGUAUUGGUAGUUUUGCAUUUUAUAAGUGUCCAAUGCAAUAUAUAGAAAUAGCUAAAACGGCGUAUAUAGAUUCGAUUUCAUCAUAUGCAUUUGCUUUAUUGAGCAUUCCUAACUUUACAAUUCCUGCUGGAACCCAAGCUAUCUCUAACUUCGCCUUCUAUGGAUGUAUAAUUCCUCAAUUCCAGAUUCCUUCAUCACUAUCAAAUAUUGCAAAUUGGACAUUUGCAGGAAUGGAAACUGAAACCUUCGAUAUUGCUAAAGGAUUCCGAUCAGCGCCUGAAUUUUCGUUCGCUGUUUCAUACAUUCACGAUUUCACGCUUCCUUAUACACUGAGGAACUUCAAUCGUGGAUCCUUCUUGUCAACAGAUAUUAGGCAGGUAUAUAUCUGGAAUAACACCCAAGUUAGAGAAGGAGCUUUUGAAGCAUGCACAGAUCUCUAUAAUGUUUCAAUUGAAAUUGAUUCUCACUUGUUUAAGAAUGCAUUCAGACGCUGCAUUGGAAUCAAGAAUAUGACAACGUUUGGAGAAUUCUUUGCCGAUGAAAACUCAUUCCAAAACAUUACAAAUGUUACUGUUAUUCAUUAUGGUUUACAUGAUAUGAGAGCCGUAUCAACUCGUGAAUCUCUUUAUCAUGUUCCAACCUUUGUUUGGGUUACAUGCUGCUAUAGGUCACCAAGAUUUAUGCAUGUUAGACCAGUGAACAUAACAACAUGUGAAGGAAUUUGGAAUUGCUUCUCAUACAAUCAUGAACCAUACAAGGUCAAAUAUGCUGCGCUUGCAGCCAUGUACUUCGCAAGAACUGCAGAAGAUGAUUAA